UUUACCUGGUAACUGACGUUAUUCAAGUUGGGACAUUUACUAGUAGACACGAAGACUAUUUAAGUAUAAAAAUGUGGAAGAGUAUAAAGAACAAAAGGAACAAAUUUAAAACAAUAUGGACUGGGAAUGAUUAUGAAAUUAGGCACAGUAACCAACAACGAUCUCCAUCUGAAGGAACGGUCAAAGUUUUAACACUGCAACGUACCGUAUUAGAAGAACCUGAAGAUGAUGAAAUUACAGAAUAUCCCGAAAUUGAGGAAUCUAACAAAAUAGAAGAAACUAGAGAUAAGUACGAUGAUCUUGAUGGUAGAAAAACACAAAAGACAAAACCUGUGGCAUGCCUUGAAUGUGUGAAACCGAUUCAGGUUUUCACAAGUGACGAAAUAAAAAUAGGAGAUCACGUCAAAUUCCAUGGACGAAUAUAUGAUCACCAUGCAAUUGUUGUAGAUGUUAAAUCUUCGAAUGAAAAAGAUCAUAAAGUAGACUUAGAAUUGGUACAUGCAUCAAACACGACAGCUGGUGCAAUAUAUAAUUGUAUAAAACCGUUUGGUAACAAAGCUAAAUUGUUGAGAGAAACAAAACGAAUAAAUUUAAAGAAGAUAAAAGUUAUGGUGUAUAAAUAUUCGGAUACUAUUGAACAUUUUUCGCCAAAAGAGAUUGUCAGUAGAGCAGUCACAACGAAAUCCAACCCUGAUUUCAAAUACAACUUGCUACAUAAUAACUGUGAGCAUUUUACAACAUGGUGCGUUACAGGACAGGGUCUCAGCUUACAAAUCCGAAAGAUACGAAUGGUAAAGGGACUUUUUGCAAAUCAAGGAUUUCAAGGUAUCGGUGACGAAGUUCUUCGAAAUAAAAUCGAAUGUGAAAAGGGAAUGCUAUGUGCACUGUGUUUCGAGAGAAAUCGAAAAUUGUUAAAUGUCCCAAAACAACCAAUCAAAUCAAAAAAGGAUGUGGAGAUUGGAGAUAUAAUUACAUAUACGUACUACAGAUGUUGGCAUACUGCCGUCGUGCUUGAAAUCAUAGCACACGACAAAUCACUACAGUGUAAAAUAGCUCAUUAUGCAUUUCGUGGUUUACAUAGAGAUAGAAAAAUUAGACAGGAAACAUUAAGAAUUCCGUUAGAUGGUAGUGUAAAAGUAACUGACUUCUCUAACACUGAUUAUACUGUCUAUGAUCCAGAAGAAGUGGUUGAAAGGGCUCGAAGUAAGCUUGGCGAAAAACGUUAUGAUCAUUUUUCAAACGAUUCAAGUCAUUUUGCUCGAUGGUGUAAACUUAAAUUGUACAGAAAGCGAUAUUCAAUGGAAUAAAAAAAAACAAUAUUGUUGCAUGGAAUCUUUCGAAAAAGUAUGCCUUAUUUUAUUUUGACAUUUAUGUGCGUCAAUCUAUAGUCCUAACCGUAGAGUAUUAUGCAUGAAUCAUUGUCAAGCAUCAUUAAAUUUAUUUCAUUCACUUUUUGAAGAAAAAAAAGGACAACAUAUGUGAUGUUCGAACUUGCAAGCAUUUUCUUCGAUAAUCACAAUGGUCUUUGUUUCGAACACUCGACUGCGAUCGCUGAUAUUAAAUUUAAAAUACAUAUUUUUCUUAAAAUGCUUCAUUUGACUGAAUGGAUUAUUGUACAUGCAUAAGCAAACAAAUCAUGUAGAUUCUGUAUAAUUGACGCUGAAUGUAUUUCGGUUUCACCACUAUGUAAAUUGAUUUCUAGUAUUUUGUGUUAAUUUUAUUGUUUUUGUAUUUGAGUGGUUUAGGUGACCUAACCCAUUUAAUAAAGUUUUCAACAUUC